UUUAUCGGAAAAGGUGCGGUGUGUGUUCCGGACGGAAGCGGGCGGACCAAGUGCGGUUUGGUCACCGGUUAAAGUCGUUCGAGAAAGUAUAAACAAAGCGCAAUGAAUUUGUCUAUCGUCGGUCGCGAGAACAAGGAAAAUGUAUCCGAAAAAGUGCGGAGUGUGUUCCGAACGGAAGCGGGCGGACUCAAGUGCGGUUUGGGCGAGAACUGCCAAUUUCGUCCAAAAAACUUCAUUCUGACCAACUGCCUGCGGCACAUCCAAAACAUACAUCCCGCGAGCUACAAUGUUUUGAAACUCGGAAAGCAGAUCCCGGAAGAGAAGAUCGCGGAGCGAGGGAAAAAGCGCCCAAAAGGUGAAGAAGUUGUGACGGCACGGGUAUCAAAACGGAAAGUGGUGGGAGGAUUAAUAAAAAUUGUAACGUGCCACGACGCACCAUUCAGUGCAGUGGAGUGGGAGGGAAUCAGGGAUAUUGUGGACCCUUUGCUCAGUGCACUUAAUUUAACGAUAAAUAAACAAAACAUUGCUUCUUAUGUGAAGGACGCGAGCAAUGUCAUUGACGGGUUCAUUUCCGAAGAAACAAAGGAUUCGAUGCUUAGUCUAAAGUUAGACACCACCUCGAAAAUGAACAGGAGCGUCAUGGCAGUGAGUGUACAAUAUUACAAGGAUCUGCAGCUUGUGAGAAGAUCUCUCGGAAUCAUUGAGCUGUACGAGAAACAUACCGCUCAAUAUCUGAAAGAAAAGGUUGAAGAGCUGCUGGACAAAUUUGGUAUAAAGCGCUGGCAAAUAUACUCCGUUACGGUAGAUAAUGGAAGAAAUGUUGUCAAAUCUGUCGAUCUUCUGGGCGAAACCGCAUGUAAAGAUCCAGAUGAUAGCGAAAGCAGCCCUGAUGUACAGGAUAAUUCAGAUGAAAAUGCAGAAGACGACAACGCAUUUUUCCACUGCGAGAAAAUCACCGAGGAAUACCAACAAACGUUAAGUGAGCAUAAAGUCGACUGCAUACGCUGCGGAGCGCACACCAUAAACCUUGUGGUGAACGACGUGACUCGGGAAUCCGAAGAGAACGAUGAAUCGCUCAAGCAUAUUAUAAAAAUUGUGAAAAUGUGCCGAAAAGGAAAAUACAAGCAAGCAUUCAAGUUCUCUAAGACCCCGAUACCGAACUCGCCAAACAAGACCAGAUGGAAUGCUGUGUAUAUGAUGAUAUACGUGCUCUUGAAGUACAAGGAAUUCUACUCUAAUAUCGGUUUGCAGUAUGAUGAGCUUGACCUUUCACACUGCUGGCAAUUCAUGGAAGAAUAUCGCGAAGCUUUCUACCCGCUGUACUUAGCAUCGUUAAUAUCACAGCAAGAGGAAUGCCCAAUAAGCCAGUUCCAUUUGGAGUGGCUGAAGGCGUACGGUCAAGUGAAAGCGUUGAAGUCAAAUCGAUUCAGAGAUAACAUACUGCUGUCGAUGGACAAGAGACAAAAAACUCUGAUGGAACCCAUCGCCUACAGGGCCGCUUUAUACAUGGAUCCUCGGUUCAUGUAUAGUGGAUCUGAGCUGUUCAAGCGCGAGGAAAAGGCAGAAAUCGUGAAAUAUCUCGUCAAAUUGUGGAACAACAUCAACGUUAACAGGCCUGAAACCAGCACUGUAGAUGAUAACCAGGACACAGCGGUAUCGAACAACUCGUUUGACAUCAACGAUUAUUUCACGCAGUUGUUUGGGGAAGGCACUUCUACUCGCUCAUCGAAACCUACUUCACUGGAAGAAAAAUUGCUGCAAAUACAAUGCCAAGACCGCGUCAACCCCGCGGAGCAAUUUAACAUAAUCCAUUACUGGUAUGCGCAAAGAGUUCACGAGGAACGACUGUGGAAACUAGCCAAAGUUGUUUACGCCGCAGCUUCUACGCAAGCAGCUGUUGAACGAGAUUUCUCCGCGUACAACAGAAUAUUCACAAACCUGCGAAAUCGUCUAGCUGGUGACACUAUUGAACACGUACUGAAAGUUAAAUUGAACAAGGACCUGAUCGAGCCUACCAUUCGCGAGAUAAUUCAAUCGCAACCUGCCAACUGAAUUCAGAUUUCCAUCGUUUUUUUUUUAUUAUUAUUGACCAUGCUGUUACGUUUUAGGUUCAACGCGCCUAUGUUUGACUACUAUUCGAUGAAAUAAAGGAUGUGAUACAUCGCAUUAUUUUAAUUACACUUUACAAUUACAUUUUUACUUCUAGUAUCAUACGGGAAUUACUGCCGUAGUUUCGAAUAGGAUGGAUUUGGGUGGGAGUGUAGGAUUACUAUAAUCAAUUAUCAAUUUGAUUUGUGCAUCCGAGGCGCAAUACACCGCACUAUGCGUGACGUUAUC